AUGAGUAGGGAGCAAGCUGCCAGGGACUCGCCCGGCGGUAGCUCUCGUGGAGAGGAGCGAGGAACCAGAAGCCAGAGGCGAACGGCCAGCUCCAGCGGAUUUCUUGUCGACUCGUUUGUACCCCGAUCAAAAAGCUUCCGAUCCAGUAAUCGGCAAGCUCGUCUCUCCGAGUCCGAUCCCCGAGGGAAGCGCGCAACGUCAGAAACCGAGCCUGAACCCAAAAAAAGAUCGCGGUUUCAUUGGGGUCGCCAGCGAGAGUCAAGGGAGUCGGACCCUAUCGAACAGGAUGUUAUAGACGAUAAGCGGGCUACUCAGUCACCGAGUUUUCCACAAGAUACGAUCUCUGAAUCCCAGGGCGAGCCUUCACAUGCACCAAGUGACAGGGCGAGCCGCGAAUCCCAGGCUUCCCCCAGGCUAGACAGGGACUCUCUGCAGAUUGUGAACCUCGCACUGAACCUAAGCGAGUCAAGACGAAGGGGACAGGUUGGUUAUACAACACCCAAUCGUGCUUCAGGUACAUGGACAUCGUCAGCGGAUGGCCGAGCUUCUGCUGCAGGCAGCAAUUUGAGUCGCGGCUCCUAUGCUGGCCAUAAUGCCCGUCAGUCUAUGGGGGAUGAUCGUGUGCACUCUUCCAAGUCGCCCGCUGUGUCUUUGUCGACAAACUCUGUACUGAACUCUCUUCCCGAAUCCGCAAAGGCCGAAACGGUACCGCAGGGUAUAUCUGGGGGCACCUUCGCGCGAGCUGCGAGUGCUCGACAUCAUUUUGAGCUCCGUUAUGAAUAUCUACGCCUUCUGCCUUCUCUUCCACCUCUCAGGCCGCUUGAAUCCCAAGCUACCACAGAUUCCUCCCGGGAUCCACGCGCACAAUAUCCCCAGCAUCGUGCUUACAACCCACUCCAAGCCAUCCGCAAUCGCAAAGUGAGAUUUCGGGAGCGUUGCCCAAUUGACACAGAAGGUGAUGGCUGGAACGACGUCGACAAAGUGCACAGCUGGAUUGAUUUAAUCGAAGCCGGAUACAGUCGCCAGGCGCGAAGCCCGCUCGAGUGUCUCGUUCUCCCGCCUUUCCAACAAGGGCCUCAUGAUGCGUCAACGAAUCAAGGCCCAGAUGAUGUUGGCCCGUCCACCGCCUCCCCACCAUCUAGCGUACGGCAAAUCAGCCGCACAGGCAGCCUCAAGGCGCGCAGGCCAAGGUCUGAUUGGAUCAUAUACCCUGAAGAACUACUCGCCGAUGCGGCCUGGGUCGAAGAGACGCAGAACAAAAGCCGAAUCGUGGAUAAAGAUGGAAAUGCCCUCUAUCCCAAUCCAAGUUCCCUGGUCGUAAAUGAUUCGCAGCAAGAGCAAGUACAGGGCAAGAACUCUCUCAGUACUGGACGCCCUUCGUCUCAUACAUCGGUAUCCGAUGCUCGACGAAGCAUGUCGGUAGAAAUCAUUGACCCCAAUCGCGGACGCCAACGGCGCAAAUUCAAAGCUCCUCUUUACUUAGCGCGAAGUAGCAGUCCGUCUGACCAUGAAUCAGCCUCGAAACGUCACAGGUUCAAGAUCCAAUCGCCGAGCUCUUCAGACUCGAGUGACGAUGAGAAAUCAUACCGUGAUCCCUUCAGAACCAAUGCCACGUCACGCAGACGGUCUGUAUCGCCUUUACGAAGAAAGGGAAAUCUUUGGAAUGAAAAAAGGGGCUCCCUGUCAUCUGUGCCGAGUGCGGAUGAUCGUUAUGAUCCCCUAUUUCUGGCGAAAAUGGAAGGCCGCGGAUCUAGUAUAGCUGCGGAUCCCGUCUACUUUCCUAGCAUUGCAUCUAAUCUGUCUCCUCCGUCGAGCCGCGCUUCCUCGCCUGCUAAGCGAGGUUUGCCCCGCGCACCUGGAAGAGCGCACAGUCGAAGUAGUCAUCACAGAAAGGGCGUUGACGACGACAGCUCUGUUGAUAUCGAAGCUGAACAUAUGAACAGCCUUCCUGUGACGGAACCUCUCUCCCACGAAACCGAACCCGCGCCUCUUCCCGUCAGGGCCUCAACAUUCCAUGCAGAGACCGUACAAAGGCCAAGUAAUCAUGAACGAAGGGAUUCCGCUCAGCAUGAGUCAAAAUUACGUGGCAUAUUCAAAGGCCCCGGCAAGAUUGCUGGAAAGGUUGGCAACGAGGUCUCGAAGAUGGGCGACUUCAUCCUUAAAAAGGAUGUGGCAGUUCAUUCACGCAAAUCGUCCAGUGCUCUCUCCGAUGACAGUGAUUGGGAUGAUGAAGAAACAAGGACCGAGAAGCGUGCCAUUCCCCGAGCUAUUCUACGCCGCUUGCCUACCUUUUCCGAGGAUCCUAGCCGAUCGUCACCCAGGAAUUCCGACAAGUCUCUCACGAAGAAUCCUCAGAUACCACCCAGUAUAGUCGAGCCUCGACAGAAUGGCGAUGAUACCGAGAUUCGGCCAGGCGGUCUGGCUGGCUCUCAUGGCCGACUUAUGGAUCUCCAGGGUGAUGCAAGCAAUUCCCCCAAAACCCACCGUAGCAAGCUAUCUGCCCAUUCCUUGAUACGUGGUCGUCGGCCUCUUCAGUUUGGCCCUGAGAUACAUAACAUACGAGACGAAAUCAGAAGAGGUCGAAUCAAAGAUGAAUCAGUCCCAUAUAGCAUGGCUCGUCCUCCCGUCACGGGUCUUGCGCAGGCGCAACCGACCCCAGUUUCGUCCUCUCGUGACGGCCGUCCCCCAUUAUCGAGUCAGACCAGAAGCUGGAGUAUUUCUGACCGCAGUGUCUCGAUUUCCAUCGAAUCUGGUGUACCAGGAAAGCAGGAGGUGGAGCGCACCCGAGCCCUACUUUUGUCGUCAGGAAUCAAGGCUCGUGAGAUUGCACGUCGCGCAGACAGCGUACGCAAUCCUCCGCCCGAGUUCCUUCAACGCGCAUUUGGCCCCGACAUGACUGUACCGUCAGUUCCGCAGUUAUACGAGCAUGAAAUCGCCAGUCGAAGACUGCUCAAGCGAAUCGAAGCAUCUCACAGUUCGUUCGAGGGCUCCAUGGAGCGCGCCCCGAAAGCCGCGUUUGCACCACUAAAGACACAACUGACUAUGCUGGAGGAUCUGAUCAAUAAGUCGCUCAACACCCGGGUCCGUGCUGCUGCUGAGGAGGCCGAGCAGCUCAGUAUGCAGCUCAACACGACCAGCACGCUUGCAGUCAAACAACUCAGCGAAACUCUUGACCAUGGCAUCCGCAAGCGUGGCCGUCGACUGCGAUGGCUGCGACGGACUGGAUUUGUAAUGCUUGAAUGGGCGCUGAUUGGGCUGCUGUGGUGGGUGUGGUUGAUCGUUGUUGCUUUUAAGCUUCUCCGCAAGCUUCUUCACGGAAUGGUAUCCGGCGUGAGAUGGAUAUUGUGGCUAUAA